AUGGGGCCCCCGGGCAAUAGGGGAUCAUGGGGCCCCUGUGUUCUUGCCCAAACUCAAAAAGACCUUGAAAAAGAAUGGGGUGCCCUUUUAAAAUGUAUGAACAGUCCCAAGGCACCCUUUAUAAUUAUGGACAGUCUUGAGGCACCCCAUUUGAAAAUAGGGUGCCUCAAGACCAGGGGCGGACUGACAACUCAUGGGGCCCCCGGGCAAUAGGGGAUCAUGGGGCCCCUGUGUCCUUGCCCAAACUCAAAAAAGCCUAUGAAAAAGGUACCAGGGGCAUCUUAUGGGGCCCCCUACUGACCCCGGGCCCUCGGGCAGUGCCUGAGUUUUCAAAUGGUCAGUCCCCGCCCCUGCUC